AUGCAGCCCCCAAAAGACGAUCUAGCGCCUCCCAAAGACGACCCUUACACCCUGGAGGAGCUGCGCCAGUAUGAUGGCUCGGAUCCGUCCAAGCCAAUCUAUGUCUCCAUCAAAGGAACGGUAUUCGAUGUCACGAGGAAGGGCGACGUGUACGGGCCCGGAAAGUCAUACAGCGUGUUUGCCGGAAAAGAUGGAUCGAGGGGGCUGGGCAUGUCGAGUCUGAAGGUGGAGGAUGCGGUGCCGGAUUAUAGCGUGCUGGAUGCGAAGGAUAUGAAGGUUCUCGAUGAUUGGCAUGCAUUCUUUCUGAAACGGUACCCUGUCGUAGGCCGUGUCAAAGACCAUCCCAUAGCAAAUCUUUGA